AUGGCCUCCACAAACUACAAAGAAGCAUUCUCUCUCUUCGACCGCCGUGGUACAAACCGCGUGGCCGGUGAACUGCUUGGCGAUCUCCUCCGCGCCUGCGGUCAGAAUCCCACCCUCGCCGAGAUCGCCGACCUUGAGAAGUCCGUUGGAGCUGACUGUAUGUGUCCCCACGGGUGUUACAAAGAAAAUACUAACAUGAUGGUAGUCGAUUUCGAUUCCUUCCUUAAAGUCCUCAACCGCCCCGGCGGUUUCCGCGAGCCCGGCGAGCCUGAGGAAUACUGCCGUGGAUUCCAGGUCUUCGAUAAAGAUAUGACGGGUUUCAUUGGAGUUGGACAGUUGCGCUAUAUCCUUACCAACCUCGGCGAGAAAAUGUCCGAUGACGAGGUCGAUGAGCUUCUCAAGGCUGUCGAUACUAGCUCUGGCGAGAUUAACUACACUGAUCUUGUGCGCACUAUUCUGGCCAACUAG